AUGGCCAAUAUAACACGGGGCCAGCGAGCGCUCCACGCUCAAUUAAGAUCGUGGAAUCACUCUUGUAUCCACCCUCGCCCCCAAUUCCAGUUGCUGCCCAUCCGCGCGCAAUCCCAGCUCUUCUCAACCUCCUCCAGUCAGCAAUCUCGCCGACCCUCCCCGUCACCUCCUACCACAACCACCGUCUCAACUCCCUCCAAAUCUGAAAUCAAUGCCCCAAUCAGCACCCACCCCGCCACGCUCACAACCCCAUCCCCCCUAAGCCCCUCCGCAGGCGCAGCGGACAAAUUAAAACGCCUUGUCGGAAUCGGUCGUGCGUACCUCACCUUCUACAAAACAGGCCUGAAGAAUGUCUACCACAAUUACCGUGCCUCGCUCCCUCUACGGAGAAAAAUAGGUCUACCCGCCUAUAUCCCUAUAUCCCCACACAACAUCCACCACCGUAGCGCGCCAUCAAUAACAGAAGAAUCCAAGCUCGGCCGCGCGCAGUUCCAGCUCGUCCGCCGCUCAGCCCGCGAUGUCCGCCGCAUGAUCCCCUUCACGAUGAUCCUGAUCGUCUGCGGGGAACUCACGCCGCUUAUCGUUCCGUUUUUCGGCUCUGCUAUUACGCCCGCGACGUGUCGUGUGCCCUCGCAGGUGGAGAAGGAGCGCGGUGUUGCUACGGUACGCAAACUCGCGGCGCUAGAUGCGUUUGUUGCGGAGAAUAAGGAUCGCUCGGUGCAUUUGCUCAAGGCGGGCAGUGCGGAGCAGUUGGCUUUGCUUGCUAAGUGUUUUGCGGAUCCUGUCUGGGUCGCCGGUGCGAGCUCUGCGGAUGUGUUGCGUGCUUGUGCUGUUUUUGGUCUGGUUAAGCAUCAUAAUAGGACUGCGGGUGAGGCGCUUGCUGGUUUGAUCUACCGGCCUCGGCUGGCGAAGCAUGUCGAGUACCUGGCUAAUGAUGAUGGGAUGAUUCGUGGUGGAGGGGUUUCGGCUAUGAAUGCUACUGAGGUGCGGAUUGCCGUUGAGGAGCGUGGUGGUGUGGACGUCACUUCUGGUGUUCAGGACCGGAAACGCGUGGAGUUGGAGAGGCGCUGGUUGGAGCAGUGGCUGGCUGUUCGUGGAAAAAGUCCCAAGGCCAAGAAGCUGUAG